UAACUUUAACCUCUUCCCCACCAAAAAAUAUUAAGAUAUUCACAUACAAUUUCUCUCUUUUAUUUCCCUCACUUCCAUCUUGUGGAAACCAAUGGGUGUUUUAAUUUGGUAUGAUCAUGAGCAUUGUAGGUUUAAAAUGUAUUUCACUGCAUUUUGGCUGUAGGAAGUGAGACCAAAGACAGAGAACGGGGAGGAGGGAUCACAUUCUAUAAAGUCUUCCACACCAUUUCCAAAUCUUGAUUUGACUCUGAGAAAGGUGAGAAGCCAUUGGAGGAUUGAGAUAAGAAGAAUGACAUCUUCUAACUUACAUUCUGAAAGAUUACUUAGGUUGCUGAGUUGGGAAUAGGGGAGAUAGGAGUAAAAAAUGAUUUGCUGUAAUAAUCCCUUUAAGAGUUAAUGUGGCUGAAUCCCAGUUGUUGCAAUGUAGGCAAUGAAGAGGUGACCAACUGUAUGUUUAUUUUAUGUAAUUUUUCAUAAUUUUUAAAUUUAGAAAUAAUUUUACACACAACAUUUACAGUGUUGUAAGAAUGAUAUAAAGAGCUCCAAUAUAACCUUCACCCAGAUUCCCCAAUUGUAAUCUUUUCCACAUUGACUUUUCCCUUUUUGUAUAUACAUGUUGUAAUUUUUUUGAAUCUAUUUGAGAAUAAAUUGAAAGCAUGCUGCGUUUAUCCAUAUGGUAUGCAGUGAUAUUGUAUAAGAACAGGAUAUUCUCUUAUACAACCACAUACAAUGGUCAAGAUCAGGAAAAUAACAGAUGAUGUUGGAACUUCUAUUAAUAGUUUCGUUCUAGGUGUUUUUUAGCUUUUCUUUUAAAUCUUCCAUCUCUUGACCUUUUUUGGUUCUAUCUGUAGGAGUCUUCUCAACCUUCUUACAAUCUCAUUGAUUGUGUGGUUUGGUGCAUUUUAAUUAAAAUAACAACUCUGAGUCUUACUUCACACCAUUCUGUCCUCUCUGAGCACAUUUAAAGUUACUUUUUUCCACUUUGCCUUCUUAGCAAACCAACCCAUCUGUUAGUUCUUUUGUCUGGGAAAUUUGGUAUCCAUCUAAUGUGGCAUUAGCUCUCCUAAAAUGUCCAAUGACUCAUCCUUGCUUUUUUAUUGUUGAAUGUGGACGAAGGUACCUGAAGCAUGUACUUUUCUCUUCCAAGCCCAGACUCUUCAAUUUUUGUUUAAUUUGGGGACAAGCUCUCCUAGGUGGGUGUCAUCUUGCUCCAAUCCUUAUAAUAUUUUAACUUGAAUAACCCUUCUCCAACCUUCCGUUCUGUUGCCAAAACAAACUUUCAAAACUGAAAUAUUAAGAUGUCAUUCAGUAUUCUACAAUUCCCUACAUCCCUCAUAAUUUUCAGAAUAAAAUGGAAAAUCCUUAGAGUGGCAACAUGCCGUAUAUAUGGAAACCCUCUUCUACAGAUUCUCACUCAUGUUCUCCUCAUGUGUCAGAUGUUCCAGGCACAUCAAACUAUUGGUAAUUCCCAGAAUGUGCAUCCAAGCCUUUGCCCAGAAUCUUCUCUUUCCCUGGAGUGCUUUAUUUCCUCCUGUCUACAUCUAGAAUUUCAAUGCAUCCUUUAAGAUCCAGUAACUGCUACAUAUCUGUACCCAAGCAUCUUUUACUUUAUUUUGAUGCCUUCAUCCUCCAGUACCUCUUAAAUAACUAUUGCUCUUUCUGAAUUCUUGCAGCAUUUUUCAUGUAUCUGUAGGUGUUUCUGUAAAUAAUUGAUGUGUCACUUUCUCUCCUACCAAACAGAAGGAGAUUUAAAUGCGGGGAUGUGUUUUAUUCAUUUCAGAAUAUUUGCUACCUACGGUACAAUAGACACUUAGAGUGAUAUCAUUUGUUUAAUAAAUGAAGUGAGAAAUCCCAAAGUAGGUUAUACUUGUUUGCCUGUUUUAAAAUGGUACAGGGAGGGGUUCCGGUGACUAAGGUCUACACACUAAUGAGCAUUUGGAUUAUUUAAUGUCAUUUUGCAGGGUUCUACAAAUUGUGUAGGACUCUCAUUUUGUAGGCUGGUCUCUGAUGUUGGCUCUACCAUAGGUUUCUUAUGAAAUAGCCACUAAAACCACUUCCGUAUCUCACUUCUGACAUUGACGUAGUCCUCAGGUCAUGGACAAUGACUGCUGAGACCCAAGCAAGGUUGUCGGCAAGGCUUUGGGAAGGGGGUUGGUAAGAUACAAGGGAAUAGCCACCAGCCAGGCCUCAGGCAGACCUGAGGAGCUCUCUUGUGUGUGGGAUGAGAUCAGACCAGAAUCAUAAGAGAAUCAUGCAGGCACGAUGGGAGAAUCCUGGUGCACCAGAAUAGGGGAGAGGCUUGUUUAGAGCUACAAAUACCAGCAAGACCUGGCCCGGUAUGUCGGGUCAGCUAAUAUAUCAGUUUCCACAGCUCCCAUAGACAAUGGGAUGCCAGGGAAAGUUUUUAAAAAGAGAAAUGAAAUCAUUGAUGAUGCAAUUUGGACUUCAGUCUAGUUGUUUCGCUGUACAUUUGGGGCAUAGAGAAAAAAGAAACAAGCUGGGUGUAUGAAAGAAAACAUUCCAAGAACGAUAGGUAAGUCUGAGUCACAGGACGAGGCUGAAGGAAGGGGGUUAGAGAGGAGGUGUCCCUUGAAAUAGAAGCUGAGGCCAGUUUGCAAAGGGCUUACAUGUCAUCAUAGGAACUCAGAAUUUAUUCUUUUCUCUAACAGGAAACAGAGGAUUUUAAGCAGAGACAUGAUAGAGGGCAGGGGAAAAUCAGAGUUUGAGGCCAGACUUCAUGAUGACCUUCCAAGAUCAAUUGCAAAGGUUUUCCUGGAUCAGCUGCACUCCUUAGCAAAACUAUAUUGGACAAUCAACUGAGAAGAGUAACUGAGACAUUUGAAUCAUUUCUAGGUGUAAAGAAAGACCGAAGCCCAGGAAAAUAUUACGGUGACUUCCCAAGUAUGCCUGGCCACAAUACCUCCAGGAAUUCCUCUUGCGAUCCUUUAGUGACAUCCCACUUAAUCAGCCUCUACUUCAUAGUGCUCAUUGGAGGGCUGGUGGGUGUCAUUUCCAUUCUGUUCCUGCUGGUGAAAAUGAACACCCGGUCAGUGACCACCAUGGCGGUCAUUAACUUGGUGGUGGUCCACAGCGUUUUUCUGCUGACAGUGCCAUUUCGCUUGACCUACCUCAUCAAGGAGACUUGGAUAUUUGGGCUUCCCUUCUGCAAAUUCGUGAGUGCCAUGCUGCACAUCCACAUGUAUCUCACGUUCCUGUUCUAUGUGGUGAUCCUGGUCACCAGGUACCUCAUCUUCUUCAAGCGCAAAGACAAAGUGGAAUUCUACAGAAAACUGCAUGCUGUGGCUGCCAGUGCUGGCCUGUGGACGCUGGUGAUUGUCAUUGUGGUACCCCUGGUUGUCUCCCGGUAUGGAAUUCACGAGGAAUACAAUGAGAAGCACUGUUUUAAAUUUCACAAAGAGCUUGCUUACACGUAUGUGAAAGUCAUCAACUACAUGAUAGUCAUUUUUGUCAUAGCCAUUGCUGUGAUUCUCUUGGUCUUCCAGGUCUUCAUCAUUAUGUUGAUGGUGCAGAAGCUACGCCACUCCUUACUAUCCCACCAGGAGUUCUGGGCUCAGCUGAAAAACCUAUUUUUUAUAGGGGUCAUUCUUGUUUGUUUCCUUCCCUACCAGUUCUUUAGGAUCUAUUACCUAAAUGUUGUGACGCACUCCAAUACCUGUAACAGCAAGAUUGCAUUUUAUAAUGAAAUCUUCUUGAGUGUAACAGCGAUUAGCUGCUAUGAUUUGCUUCUCUUUGUCUUUGGAGGAAGCCAUUGGUUUAAGCAAAAGAUAAUUGACUUAUGGAAUUGUGUUUUGUGCCGUUAGCCACAAACUACAGUAUUCAUAUUUGCUUCCUUUAUAUUGGGAAUAAAAAUCGGUAUGGUGAGGUAAGAAUGGUAUUUCAUUACUUAAUCAAAACCAUGCCUUGAUCUACACAAAACGAAAGAACUAUAAAAUGUCAGAGCCUUCAUUGUAGUCCUUAUGGGAUCCCUGCCAUCUCUGAGUGAUGCCCAUACAAAGACCAGUGAUGUUGAUUCCACCUGGAGUUGCAAUAUUACAUUAUUUUCCAAUACAGAAUGUCUGAUUGGCCCAUUAAAGCAACAUAGGUCUUAAGAAUUUUAGAGUUUCAUUAGCUCAUUCUAAUUUCCUCUGUUUGAAGCAUGAUCUUUUCUUAGGUUUUGGACUGAACUCGGCCCUUUAGUUCUUUUCAUCCCACUUCAUCUUAGGUAAGUAAAUCCUGACCACCACCCAGCUCCAAAGACAUAAACUCUCCUUGGCUAACCAGGUUAGAUGUCCCAUUCAUCUCACACCCUGAUGAAAACUGAUAAGGGGAGAGAAUAGUUAAAAAUUUUUCUAGGGUAUCAUAACUCUGGUGGGAAGUCAUCUGUCUAGAAAUCAAGAGACAAAGAAUGCGUGGCCUUCUGUUUUAACAAGGUUUUCUAGAUUUGUCCUGUGAAAGGUCAUUUCACGACAUGGGGAUCAAUUUCCUCAAUAUCACCAAUUGCACUGUUGCUUCAAAAAUCAUUUAAAAGCUUACUGGACAUAUCUACAUAAUGGUGAAACUGUAAUUUAGAAAAUAUUCUUGACCAAUGUGCUGGUAGGCAUUAAAAUGAGUUCCCAAGGGAAGUGAUUAAAAUUUUUUUCUCUUCUGUUUUUUGAGAGAAUUUCUAGAUGUCCUGGGCCACAGUUAAUUAAGAUUUUUAGGGGGGACAGAAAGUUAUACUGAAAUCUUUAGAGCUCCCUUCCACGGUUAAAAUUAUAGAUAUAUAUUUUAAAUUGUACCUUAAGUUCUGGGGUACAUGUGCAGAAUGUGCAGAUUUGUUACAUAGGUUUACAUGUGCCAUGGUGGUUUGCUGCACCUAUCAACCCAUCUACAUUAGGUAUUUCUCCUAAUGCUCCCCCUCCUCUAGCCCCCCACCCCUGGACAGGCCCCGGUGUGUGACGUUCCCCUCCCUGUGUCCAUAUGUUCUCAUUGUUCGACUCCCACUUAUGAAUGAGAACAUGCAGUGUUUGGUUUUCUGUUCUUGUGUUAGUUUGUUGAGAAUGAUGGUUUCCAGGUUAAAAUUAUAUAUUUUUAAAUAAAUGAAAACUAUGUUUUUAAAAGAGAACUUUUGAGAAGUAUAUAGCAAAACCAUUAAUUUAGACUCUGUGAGAUUAGGUUGCAUGAAGAAGGUUUUCUGAAUAUUUGAAGGAUGGAUAAAUAAAUGUACUCGAAAGUAAUAAAAGUAUAAUCCUUUAAAAUAUAGGAAAAAUAACUAAUGGGUACUAGGCUUAAUACUUUAGGAUGAAAUAAUCUGUAUAACAAACUCCCAUGACAUAUGUUUACAUAUGUAACAAACCUGCACAUGUACCCCUGAACUUAAAAUAAAAGUUUAAAGUAAUAAUAAUAAAAUAAUUUGGAUUUUCUUUCCAAAUUCUGAGUUUCUUCCUGUAAAAUUGUAUUAAUGCCUUGUGACAUGUGACAUGUUAAACUGACUUUAUUUCAAGAACUUCCAUUACUGGCUAGGUUGAUACAUUGGCUUGUGGAUUUUUGCUUUUUGGGUUUUUUUACCUCCUGCCCAUACUCUACUAUCUUCAAUGUUUUAUCUCCUUAAAAUUUUCGCAGGAUCUGAUCCAGUUUCAUAUUUAAUGCUUCAGAAAACCUAGAGUAAUUAGUAACAUGAAUAGAAUAAUGUAAUGAAUUAAGGGAACUUUUUUUCAUCAAGAUAUAUCUUCAAGAUUUAAAAGUUUUUCUUAAUUUAUUAUCACUCUGUGGAUCCACAAAUUCCUCAGAUGAAUAAGAAAUACCUCUGUGAAUUUCUGUGACAACUAAAAUUAGUGAGCCACAGAAAUUAAUUUGAGGAAGCAGAAGGAGCAAUGUAGUUCAAACACGACUUGUUUCCAUAUAUUUUCUGUUUUAUAUAUUCUUUUAAAUGUCCUUUUAAAAAAGUAAUAUUUAUUUUCUUUAUUGUCUUUUUUCCCAUUUGUUUUUUACAUUUUUUCUUUCUCAUUUUGGACCAUAAAAUUCAUAAGACAAUUACUAAGACCCCUGAUAGUUUUAAGAAAAUUUAUAAUACCUGUAAAUAUGUUUAAAAAAAAGAAAUUUAGAAAAUAUUUAAAUUAAAAGUAUUCAUUAGAAUUUCAUUACCUUGUAGAUUAUAUCAUACUCUCUUCCAGAUUUUAGAUAUGUUGAGGUCAGGCAAUUCAAAAGAAUUAAUCUCUGUAUUAAUCUGUUAUAAUAUUAACAUAACACUAUGUUAUUUUCAUACAUUAUAAUAAAGGGCUUAUUAGAAAUGUUACUCAAAAGAUAGAAAUGCAAUAUUUCAUAAUAUAAAAUAUCUUUUUCAUCAGAAUUUACAGAGUAAAUAGAAAAAUUUUAGUUUUCCUGUUCUUUGUCUUUAAUCAAUACGGAAAUGAACCUCAUGUGGGAUUGGGGGUGACAUUGGCCUCUAGGGCCAUUUUUGGAUAUCACCAUUAUAAGAGAGCGCUAGUAUUAGCAUUUGGUGGUGGGAGCCAAGGAAUAGACAUCCUGCCUUGCACAUAAUUGUCCGUACAAUAAAGAACUAUCAGGCCUUGCUCUCUAUUUGAAUGCCCUAUUAGAUAUUAAUGAAGUGAAACAAAACCAUCAGAGCAGUUACCAGGUUUUACCCAGUUUUCAUAAACACAUAGUAUUUUUUUGUAUAGCUUUAAUUCUCUGAAUUUUCUGGAAAUGCAAUUAUCAUGGAUUGAAGAAAGAUUUUACUUUGGUUUCCUCUGAACUUUACCAAGAGUUGUUCAGUCCUUUGGAAAUGACGUAAGUAGCAAUGCCAUUUAUGACGUUAAAAUAUGACACAACAUGCCUGUAGGCAGUAUUUGUAGCUGUUGUAUUCAGGGGAUAUUACAUACAGGUGUCAGCAUCAGACUCACUCAUUUUGUCUCUUUAUGUGGUGAUGCCUAAGCAUUUACACACUGAAUUAUAUACUAGUAUUGAUAACUUUUCUUUUCAUUACUCAUUUAUAUUACAGUGAGAACAUUAUAUGUAAAAAUAAUGUGUAUGUUUACAUUAUCAGUGUAGAAAGCAUAUACAUUUCAUUCCGAAAUGGUAAAAUUAUCUGUAAGUUUUAUUUUAGAAUGGUAAAACUAUUAUCAAAUAUUUGUGAUAAAAAGCAAAAUAUUGGGUCUGAGAAAGCUGAGAACCACCAAAUUACCACAAAGGGACAAAAUGAGAGGGAAAUUUAUAAAUUUUAACAUUAUAAACAGGAAAAAUAUUUCUGUGUUUCUGAGAUACUUACCUCAUCUUCAUUCAAUUCUAAAUUACUUCUUUUGUUUCUAAAGCAAUUAAAUGCAACUUUUAGAAAAAUGUGAAGAAAAUAUACAUGUGUAUUUUCUUUUUUAAUGAGAAAAAUAUAUUUUUUUCUGAGCCUCACCACUCUCAGAUUGGCUCUUGAUAAAUAUCUACCAGAUUUUUAACCCAGGCAUAAUAAUUUUUGAGGUCCAGGCAGAAGGAUCUCUUCAGGCACCCAUUUAAAGGGACAGUACAUGCUCUUAUUUAUUCCUUAAUUUUCCUGUGACAGGAUCAUUGAGUCUGCUGCCUUCCUCCCCAGCUUCAUUUAAAUUCGGGAUGAAAAGAUUGUUUCACUUGUAGGUGAAAUGAACUUUUUGUAAAGUGAUUCAAGAGAUGCUAAUGAAUCCCUCCUGCCUCCCCAAAUCCUCCUCAAUGAAGCUGCCAUGAAAACGCAAUUGUUGGGUUAAGAUUCAGUUUUUCUGAAGGAGGGUAUUGAGCCAAUCCAUUCUCAGUCACUGGUUUUUGGUGUGAAGUUAGAAUUUGGGAUGCUGUCGUAGCUUUGAUUGGAUAGAUUUUGUCCACUUUCCUCUAUGAGACAGACAGAGGCCAAAGACUCUCACACCUAUUGCGGCAGAAACAAGGAAGCUCUUCUUGUUAUAGGGGCCAACUACAGCAUUUUGUAAAUACUUGGUACUGAGAGCUCCAUGGUAAAGGGGCAUAGGGAUGGCAGAACUGCGGGGAUAAUGCCCAGAGAUUGCAACAUGCCAAGGGACACUCAUGGGGAUUGGAAACCAGGGGAAUCUGAAGACCCAGCAGGAGCUGCUGGGGAAUUGAGACCCAGGUCUGAGAACUGCUAGCUGAGAGCAGGAGGGGCUUGUGGGAGUCUUGCUCAGGAGUUCUGAGCAAACAGGACUGCUCUUGAAAAACAGGGCAAUGGAGGCAGCAAACAAACAAGACAGUUUUGAACAGGAGGUAAGAAGGUGCUGGAGAGCAUGAUUUGUUUUAUUUGCAGUUUGUCCUAAUAGUUUAUGUCAUUAGCAAUGAAUGAUUCCUGCCCUUUGUUGUUGAUCUGGGCCACAGAUCUCAUGGAGGACAGGGUGUGGUUACAAAAAUGUAACCACUGGCAACCUGAUCAGAGAUUUUGGAUAAAGAUCUCCAGCUCAUCCCUAAGUCAAGUAAGAAAAGAAUCCCUCGGAAUUUAGAAGAGUCAGAAGAGUUUCCCUUCUGUUGUCAGGAAAGCAUCAUCUUACAUGUCAGGAGUAGACACUUGCCAGAGUCUACACCUGCCUUCUGGCACCCUCAGGAGGGUCUGGAAAGACAUCUAGGCCCCCUCUCCAGUGAUGUUCAAUUCUGUAUAACACAGCACACCUCUUACCACAGCCCAGUUGGGUACCCCAUUCUCUGAGUUGUCCUUUGCCUCUCAGAAUUCCAUUAUUUUCAUAGCAUUGUGCUUAACAGUGGGGCACACUACUGACCUGUACACUUAAGAAUGCCUUAAGUGGUUGAU